AUGAAUGAAACCAAUCCCGAGGUCUUACAGAACGGCUGCGGGACUGCAGCAUGGAACUUCGACCCUUGGCUGCCUUUUUUCACCGAAGCGUGUAAUGACCACGACAUGUGCUACUCGCUUCCGGUGCAAAAACUAUCGUGCGAUCUACGCUUCUUACGCAACAUGCUCCUCGCUUGCGACAGGCCGGACUCGCCAACAGGUCGUAAAAUCAUUACAUCGAAUGCCUUCGAUGCCGUCGCCACAACCCCAAUGGGCUGUACGGCCUAUCACUCGGCUCAACGGAGCAAUCUGUUCUGCGUCGCGGAACCUGGAAAUAAGGCCAACGUACGGACCGUGUACGAUUUUCACAAGCAUGUUGAGGGCUGUGGUCCGCUGGUCGGAGCCGAAUCAGCUUAG